AUGAGGGAGGUUGUGAGUAGGCUUUCUACAGAACCAUCGGAAGUUGAAUUGAAGAAGCUUCUCCAUAUUGGAGGAUUGACUAACGAAGCGGCGUCUUUAGUUAUCGCCGAAUGCUAUAGCAAGCUCUACAGGAUGGACAUGAAGACAGCCUCCAAUUUCAAAAAGAUGACGAAGUUCAUCUUAGAAACGGAGGACAUCAUUCAUGCCAACGCAGUUUACGCGUUUAUAAUGUGGAAAGGCAAUCUAAGCGUUAAUCGCGAGUUUGAAGCCAAAAUAGCCAUGUUAGGAUGGCAACAUAACAACAUGUCUUCGAGACAACUCUUCCAAGCGCUAACUACGAUCCAUUCUACAUAUAAAACCUGA